GCAGGCCCUCCCCCUGGCAACAGCAGAAAAGUGGACAAUAACAAGAAACAGAUGCUAAAGAGGAGAACUGCCACAACAGAGACGUUUCCAAAAAGAAGAAAAGCUUCUCUCGGAGGGCAAGAAAAGGAGCAGACGAUAACAUUUGCUUUCUUUUUUUCCGAUUUGCAGUGGGAUCACAGCCAGGCAAGCAAGGUUCUGCAUUAGCACCCUUCUCUUCACAGCAACCGAUUUCUCCUCUGCAGUCUCACCUAUCCUCUCCGUCUCCAUACCGCCAUGGAUCGCUCAGUACAGGAGCUGUUCCUCAACUUCAUGAUCGUCUUAAUCACUGUGCUGCUGAUGUGGCUGCUGGUGAAAUCUUACCAGGACUAAAGCAUUAAGCAUGACAGGACAUGUAUGUGAGGCAGUGAGGAUGGAGAGACGUGUGGCGGGAAGCUGGCGUGGUUAUUGGAAGACUUCACUGCUGGCUGAAUAGUGUCCAUACAGUGUUUACAUCAACAGCUCUAGUAUUCAUGUGAGGUCAGCAACAAGUGAUUACUAAAGCCAGGGCAAACUAUGAAUAACAAACAAGUUGUGAAUCUGUAUUUUUGAGUGUUUGAAUGUGAAACCACAGUAGAAUGAGCAGGGUGAAUAAAUAGAAAUGAAAUUGAGGAAAACCCAAAUGUGACGGCUAGAAAACUCUGAGUGUCAUUCAUGUGACACGUGAUACACUCAACCAUGCUGUCGUGUCUCUUGUUCUGGUUUUCCAAAGGGAUGAACAUGUCAAACAAGCACACAGAAUACACUCAUAAAACAAGACAAACCAAAUAAUGAAGCAUUAUGUUUAUGUUCACUUCUUGCCAUUAAACAGUCUUUCAUUUGUUUGGCUUCUGUUUCACACCACAAACUUGCCAUGC